GUAGUCGAUCUCUCUUUGUUUCUACCAUGGUAAGCCGUCCAGGUGUGUAAGUGGGUAAUGUGCCAAAUAUCAGCCAACCAUCAGCCAACCAUAUCCCCAGUAUGAUUUCCAUGCCUCUUCUAGAAGAUACGCAAUUCCAAUAAGGUUGUAUCGUCACUCCGCUGCCCGUGCUCGGGGUUCGAAGUUAUGAAUAUUUUAUAUUCCAGCGGAAUCGCCGGGUUCUAUCCACUUGCGCCCUGACCGCUGGGUCAGCAAGACAUUAGACAGAUAUUAAACGAAUCAAGUAGACUGGUUAAUGACGUUUCCUCAUUACGGAAUAUUAGCAAAGUAUAAUUUAUAAUUUAGGAUCUACAUAAUCGCAUGAUUCCCCUUUUCGAUUCAUAAGGACUUAAGGGGAAUUCGGAAUUUAUAAUACCUGACCCCUAUCGCCUCAUAUGGCCUUGCCGACUCCGCUCUUACUCAUACUCAUUCGCGUAUAUAAUUAACUCGUUCUCGAUAGUAUCCUAGAUACACAGCGCAGCAAGGCACCACCACGAUGGCUGAGAAUCAACUUACCAAGUAUCGCGGCAACUGUCAUUGUACCGCGUAUGUGUUUGAAGUUGACCUCCCAGGGAAUAUCGAAAAUGGCCUCCAGUGCAGUUGCAGUUACUGCUGCAAGAGGGGCGCCGUCUUCCUGGCCCCGAACAAUAACAACGACAUCAAGUUCGUGAAGGGCGACCCGACAGCGCUAUCGAACUACAACUUCGGAGGCGUCAAGCACCAGUUCUGUUCGACCUGUUGUACUUUUCUAUUCCGUGUUGAUACAAAGAAAUAUGUCAACCUGCGGGCGCUCCAGAAAAUCAAAGUGUGGGAUAUAGGCACGCAACCUCUCGACGACAAGGCAACGCCCCCGGCGUGGAACCCUCCCAAAUUCAACGGCCAGGAGCCCCCAGCCGAAAUCGAGGGCGCCAAGAUAUACACGGGGGGUUGCCACUGCGGAGUCGUCACUCUAGCUCUGAAGUCAAAGCCGAUUGAUAGCACAUACGAGGGACUUGUUAUGGAAUGCGACUGCAGCAUAUGCACUCGAAACGCAUACUGCUGGAUCUACCCCAACAAGCCGCAAGUCUCCAUCGUAGGAGCUGCGGAGAUGGGAUACUACUCGUUUGGAGGCGGCGUGUGGCGCAAGUCGUUCUGUCGGGCCUGCGGGGUGCCGGUGCACAACCGCAUCGAGGACUACACGCCGGCGCAGAUCGAGGAGCUGCCCGUCGAGCAGCAGCAGUGGGCCCGGGAUCACGUCGACUGGUCGCCGGUCAACUUGCGCGUUAUGGACGGCAUCGAUCUGAGCGAGCUGAAGAUCAAGCGCAUCGACGGGUCGACAAGGUCUGGGCCGCCGAAGCCGGGUAGCUACGUGGACCCCUGAGCGCAAGUUGGAGUAUGUAUGUAGUAUGUUUCGAUAGGCGUUGGGCAUGUACUGUGGUGCUGUGGUGCUGUGGUGUGGAAGGGGGUGGCGUACGGCUGCGGUAAGCCUGAUAAGGGAAGGCGGUGAGGAGGGGGUCUGGCGGUGGGAUCUUCGGGCUGCAGAUCUAGAUAGGGUAUUAGGAAGUUAAUAACUAGGUAGUCUUAGCCAUAAGCUCGGCUUGGUGUUGUCUAACACGGCGAGUUGUCUAUAGUAAUAUGAGUUUCGGCCUUUGAGUAAACAAGUCCUCGUAGUUAUUCUGAGUUAGAUCUUGACCGCUUGUGCUAUGAAGUAUCAAUAGUCUUAUG